AGAGAGAGAGGAUGAUGUGACAAAGUUGAGCUUGACACCAGGAACGUAACGGACAAAUGUUGUGACAUCACUGCUGGUCAACAGCAUAGUGCUGCACAGUGUGAAUGUCAUUAUUUUUGCACCUUGCUGCGUAUUUUUCUGUAACAAAUGAGGAACUGAAAUAAUCAGUAGAGUUGAAUAAUCUUCUUUCUUUGCCAUGUAGUGAAUGACAACAGCUACAACCAUCACUCACACCAGCUGUUAUAUAAACAGAAAUGUCUUAAAGCGAAGUUUGGUUUGACAGUUUUAAUAAUCCAAAGACUCGCUUGUGCUAAACUGUUUUCUACUCAAUUUCCCCAUAAGUAUAAAUAAAUAGUUAAGAUGUUGAACGGUUGUCAUCACCAAAUCCCAGUUUGAUGGCAGAAAAAUGCGUUGUUCAAUUUGUCAAUGAAUUUAGGAAUUAUGGCAUAUUGUUGCUUUUUUUACCUUAUUUUUCAGUAGUUCAUGGACAAGAGAUGAAGUCAUUUGACAAUAGACAUAACAACGUUCUUGUGGCUGUAGAUUGGUUUAGAGAUUAAGCAUUUUAUGUGGUCUUAUAAGGAUAUUAUUGCAAAUAGCCUUUACUAAAAUAAAGGCAACAAUUAAAGGACACAAAUAAAUUAAAUGGUUGAUAAAGAAAGUUCAAAUCUGUACGACAUGUUGUUCUGCCACUAUAACUAGAGGAUGAUGUUUAAAAAAGUAAUAAUUAUUGCAUUAUUGCUGCAAAGUGUUCAAAAUCACAAGAUAAAAACUCAAAUCCUCACACUGAUAGAAAUGACUAAAUGGUGUUUAAGUUGAUUACAAUCCCUCACUUUCAGUUAACAUAAUAUUUAACUGUUUAAUCUUCAAUGUUUACCUGAAAUUUCUUCUUAUGAAGCUUUUAAGUCGAACUGAAUAUUAUUCUCCAUCACUCAGAUACAAUAUAUGUCUUGCACUUUGCAUAUAUUGCACUAUGCCUUUUUCAUGACUGGAGACUUUAAUGAUUAACCUGAAUUUAAAAUACAGUUUGUUGUGUUUUUAUGAGCUCAACAUGCUGUUAUAAUAAUGACCUGUCAGUGGAUUCAUGUGAAGGCUCUCUGUCAUGUUGCAGGUUAAAAAGAGAAGUAACACCAAGAACCACUUCCUUUUUCCCGCUCUGCUUAUAAAAAGAUGAACAUAAAACAACGCUCUGCUUGGUCAAAGUUCCCACACAUUCUCCUCUGAAGCCGAUCACAUACAGGACUGUAUUUCAGGCUGUUCAGUGUAGGAUGUUCAUGUUUUCCAUUCAAUAAAGUAGAGAAGUUUGUCUGAAAGCAGCUGACUGGGUCAACAGAGGCUGAACAGUGAGGAGACAUGGAAGCUGUGGUUGGACUGUUGGUGAUGCUGCUCGGAGUCUCUCAUGGUGUUGAAACCUACUGUGAUGGCAGACAGAAUAGAACUCAGUGUUAUGGAGCUCUGGGAGGAACUGUGGUGCUCCAGCUGAUGGACAGCGCCUCAGAAAUAUUUAAAUACCAAUGGAAUAAAAACAAAACAACAGCAAUACUUCAUGGGAGAAAGGAUAAGAUUGUGUCUAAUGAGAUGAAGGACAGAUCCAUUUUUACUCCCAGUAAUGGAACAUUUAGGAUAAAUAACCUGAUCAGGACUGAUGGUGCUGAAUAUACCCUUAAAAUCUUUGAUUCAAAUGGACGUGAAUCAGGACAGCGGACUCUUCAGUUGUCUAUUCAAGCUCCUGUGUCCUCUGUCCGGCUGGACACUGGGUGUCUGUCCCAGGGAGAGAUGAGGGUGUCCUGCUCCUCUGAGGGAGGGGACAGUCCUCAGUACAGCUGGACUCUGGAUGGACACACACUGACAGAUGCUCAGCUCCUCUCUGGAAAUAAAGAGACCAACAACAUCACUCUGAAACAAGACGUCUCAGGACGACUGGUCUGCUCUGUCAGGAAUCACGUCAGUAAUGUCUCGAAAGAAGAGAAGAUAUCUACCUGUGGUUUCAUAUUCAUCAACUGCACCUUACCCGAUGGGACAAACAUAUCACAGUGGGUGUUUUCAGCCACUAACACCCUGUGUAUUGAUCUAACAACAACCCCUACUAUGAUCACAGACACUACGGAUAAUUCGCUGCUUGUAUGCGGUUUGCGAGCAGCUGUUGUACUUUCUCUGUUGGUUGGGAUUGCCAUCUAUUUUGCUUGGAAGAAGAAGAAAUACAACAAAGUUGAAACCUCCAGCAGACCACGAAUAAAGGACCAUCCAGAGAACUCCUUCUCAAUGGUUGAAUUGUGAAGUUCUGCAUCUGAAUGUUAACUUUGUGAAACCAUCAGGAUGGUUUUCACCUUCUGCAGUGAUUGGCCAUAUGUCUUUAUAGGUAUAAAAAUGACAGGAUUUACUGUGAAAUCUCUCUCCUGUUUUUAUUCUUUACAAAACUUCUUCUGCCACUGUGUUCACAGCUCAGCAGCUCGCUGUGAGUACCUUUAGAAAAAAGUCUUGGUGAGUGUUUCCUGCAUUUAUCACAGUGCAAAAGAUGGGCUCAGUGCAUAUUUUCUAAAGAUUUAAAAAGUAAACAGACCUGUUGU